GGAUAGGAUAUAGUAAAUUAUAUUUCAAUUGUAGGACAUGAUUUGUAAAAUAAUUUAUACUGUUAUUUAAAGUUAUACCUAAUUCGAAGAAAAUAAGUGCAUAUUAAUUUAAUGACAUGUCAUUGCUUUGUUUCAAGAGCAGGAAGUUUACGCCAAAAAGUGCGACUGCGCACUGGCCAAAUUAGUAGGUAGUGUGAAAGAAAAUGGCGAUCAGCGAAAGGCGUCCGGAGUUAACGUGAUGAAAAACAUUGUUAAAAGCUCAAUUACAUAGUGUUAUAGUUAUUAAUUGUGUCAGAUGUAGAUUAAUUAAGUGUUAAUGAAUAGUGAUUGUGUAUAAAAAUGGCUGCGAAUAUGUACAGAGUCGGCGACUGCGUCUAUUUCGAGACGUCGUCGACGUCUCCGUACCAGAUCCGGCGGAUAGAAGAACUAAACAAGACCGCGUCGGGGAACGUGGAGGCAAAGGUCAUGUGCUUCUACAGGCGGCGAGACCUGCCCAACCCUCUCAUACAAUUAGCUGAUAAGCAUCAAAUGGCCCAGUCAGAAGACUCACCGGUUGCGAUGAAACUUAAGAAAAUAUGCCUUAAGACGCCGAUAGGCGAGGAACAGGCGGCACAAGCUGUUCUCGACCCAGCGAUAGUGGCAAUGGAGGAGGAAUCUACAGACUUACCGGGCACAGACGGACUGGCGCCCAAGCAGCGGCACCAAGCGAAGCACCGCGAACUGUUCCUCUCGCGGCACGUCGAGACGCUGCCAGCCACACACAUCCGCGGCAAGUGCACCGUGACGCUCCUCAACGAAACAGAAUCGCUGCUCAGCUAUCUCAAUAAGGAUGACGCAUUUUUUUAUUGUUUAGUAUUUGAUCCUUCGCAAAAGACUUUAUUAGCAGAUAAGGGAGAAAUCAAAGUUGGAAGUAGAUAUCAGACUGAAGUAACUAAUUUAUUAAAAGAAGGCGAGGAGGACACUCGCAACAGCUCCGAGCUGGAGACGCUGGUUUGGACGCCGGCGCACGGGCUGUCGGACCGGCAGAUCGACCAGUUCCUGGUGGUGGCGCGCUCGGUGGGCACGUUCGCGCGCGCGCUGGACUGCUCCUCCAGCGUCAAGCAGCCCAGCCUGCACAUGUCGGCCGCCGCCGCCAGCCGCGACAUCACGCUCUUCCACGCGAUGGACACGCUGCACAAGUCGGGCUACAGUAUAGAGGCGGCGCUGUCGUCGCUGGUGCCGGCGUCGGGGCCCGUGCUGUGUCGUGACGAAAUGGAGGAGUGGUCCGCGAGCGAGGCCAAUCUCUUCGAAGAAGCCCUCGACAAGUACGGCAAGGACUUCGCGGACAUCCGGCAGGACUUUGUGAGUGUGACCAGCGUGUUGCCAUGGAAGACGCUCAAGAAUCUGGUGGAGUACUACUAUAUGUGGAAAACGACAGACCGUUAUGUUCAACAGAAACGCGUGAAAGCGGUAGAAGCCGAGUCGAAGCUUAAGCAAGUGUACAUUCCCAACUACAACAAGCCGAACCCGGCGCUGCUAGCCGGCGCGGGUGGCGCGGGCAACAAGGCCGCCGUGCUCAACGGGGGCACCAACGGGACCGCCGCCGUCGCGCCCUCGCUGUGCGCCUCCUGCCAAGUGACGAACUCAAACCAGUGGUAUGCGUGGGGUCCACAGCAUUUACAAUACAGAUUGUGUGGAUCUUGCUGGCAAUAUUGGAAGAAGUACGGCGGGCUUAAGACCGCAGGAGUUUUCGGAGAGAGCGAAACGGAAGUAGCGCGCACCGGGCGCGCCGAAGGCGAGGACACGACGCUGUCCGUGUCGCACCGCCCACACCGCUGCACUGUCAUUAACUGCGCCAAGGAGUUCAAGCUGCGCGCGCACCUGGCGCGGCACGUGGCCACGGCGCACGGCGGCGCGGGCGAGGGCGCGCGGCCCGUCAUGAAGACGCGCGCCGCCUUCUACCUGCGCGCCUCGCCCUUCACGCGCCUGGCGCGCCGCCUCGCGCGCGCGCUGCGCCGCCCGCGCCACUACGCGCGCUCGCCCUUCUCGCCCAUUAACCUGCACCAGGUCAAGCACGAGUGUACGAUAGCGAUGGCGGCGCUGGGCGGCGGCGCGGAGAUGCGCGGUGCGGGCCCGGCGGGAGUGGCGCGCGCGCGCGGCCCCGUGGGCGCGGUGGCGGCGCGCCUGGCGGCCGCCAUGGGCACGGCGGCGCCGCGCGCGCAGGACUGGCUCACGCUCACGCCGCGCGACCGCAUGCCCGUGCCCGCGCACGUCGCCUUCCCGAAGCCGCCCAAGGCGCCAGACGGCAGCCUGAUGUACGAGCGCGUGAUGUCGCGCGCGGAGCUGGAGGCGCGGCGCAGCGAGGCGGGCGCGGCCGCCGCGCGCCGCGCCUACGACGACAUCAACGGGCUCGACAGUCAGUAUCGCCAUCCCGCACUAUUGUGUCGCGCGCGCGAGGCCGCGCCGCCGCCCGCCAAGCGGCCCAACAAGCACCCCGCGCCCAUGCAGCGGCCGUCGCGCGAGCAGUACGCCGCCAUGUGCGCGCGCGCGCAGGCCACCGGCCAGCCGCUGCCCGCGCACGUGUUCGCGCACGUUAACGGCAAACCGACUAAUUUGACUGGUCGUGGAGGCAGACGUCACGUCAUUUCUUGGAUGGACGCACCCGACGACCUCUAUUUCAGAGCCACCGAGACCGCCAAGGCCGCCAGGCGGACGCUGAGCUGCGGCGAGCUGCGGCGCGGAGCGCGCGCGCCCUGGCGGGCCAUGCGCGCGGGGGCGGGCGCGGCGCCGCUGCAGCUCGUCAUCCUGGACUGACAGGAGCCGCCGCGCCCGCCGCCCCCGCCGCCCCCGCCGCACCCCUACACCAUGGAGGCGCUGCUCGGCUGAGCCGCCCCGCUGUAUAUUGCUCGUGUACAUAGCCCCGAGCGGCCGCCCCGACCUGAGCGAAGAUUGUAUUUUUGGUAAUCGAAUCGCCGACGAAGGAUUCUGUAGAUAAUAUUUUAAACUAUAUUGUUCUUAUGUGGUUUGAUCUGGCGAUGAGCAAAAUAAUGUAUUUGAUACAUAUUGAUAUGUAAGUCUUAUUUCAUUCGGAGAUUCAUUGUAGGAUAAUUUACAAUUUUUUUCAUAAAUAAAAGCACAAAUUGAAA